AUACAAACAGGGCAACCUCAAACGUUGAAUUCUGAGGCAACCUUUGAAAAAUUUCAAUGGAGUUGAAGCUUCGAAUCUCUUUCCUUCAAAACUCUCUAUGCACCUCUAUAAUCUCCAAACCCUACCAGCAUUGAUCAAUUCACUUGAUCAGUGUUGAAACUUUCAGAUGAACUCAGCUUCAAAAUCCUCAUUUUCUGCGUUUUCCCUCUUAUCACCGCCCGUGUUUCCUUUUCCGCCGACGUCGUUUUAUCCUCCGAUAAUGAGUUGUCUUUACGUCGUCCUGCUGGAAGAAAACUGCUUUCUAUUGCUCCGAAACAAGAUGUGGAGCUAGUAGCUGCCCCUAAUGGCAUUGUCUAUCUGAUAGACAGUGAAUAGUGAUUCUAGAAAAAUACUCUGGUCUUUCGCAUCAGGACCUCCAAUCUAUAUGUCUUAUCACUCUCCUGUCCAAGAAUAUGAUGAAAAGGAUAAAGAAGUGGCACACAGUAGAUAUUCUUUUCUGGACUGUGGAGAUGACUAGCUGGGAGCUAUAUCUGAACAGUAACUAUGGAAAACUGGAAACAAGAUGUGGAGCUAGUAGCUGCUCCUAAUGGCACUGUCUGUCUGAUAGACAGUGAUUCUAGAAAAAUACUCUGGUCUUUCGCAUCAGGACCUCCAAUCUAUAUGUCUUAUCACUCUCCUGUCCAAGAAUAUGAUGAAAAGGAUAAAGCAGUGGCACACAGUAGAUAUUCUUUUCUGGACUGUGGAGAUGACUGGGAGCUAUAUCUGAACAGUAACUAUGGAAAACUGAAACUUGAAGGUACUAUUCAAGACUAUGUGGAAAAAACACCAAUAUUCGAGGAUGAUGAAGUUACUGUGGGAUCCAUGCAUUCUACUGCUUUUAAGGUUGAUCCUUGGACUGGAAGGCUUAUUCAUGAUUAUGGCAAAUCUGUUUCCAGAAAGGUGCCACAAGGGGGUGCAGAGACUUCUUCUGCUGAGGCAAGAAAUGAAUUAGAAUAUUCUAUCUCUUCAAGUGCGAAACAUUCUGAUGUGGAGCUAUACAUUGAAAGAAUAGAUUAUUCACUUUCUACUAAAGCCUUUGAUAAACUACUGUGGAAUCUAACAGUUAGCUUCUUUAAAGCCAAAGUUCGAUGUAGAGGGACUAAUCAGUUGCUUGAUGGAGCUUCAUUGAAUCAUGACCGUAAACUGGGCUCUGGCUCUCAUGAUCCUAGGACUGUCUCAUUGCCGUGUGAAUUAGAAUUUCCUGUUAUCCGUUUUCGCAAACAGAGUAUGUUCGAGUAUUUUCUUAGACUAGAUGGCUUACUGGAUCACAUGAAAGAUCCAAUUAUGCUUCCAGUUGGUGCUCCAAGUCAAAUGCUACCUUCACCACAUAAACAUGAUGUAUUCUCAGCUACCCAUCAGAAAGGGAUCUCUUUAUCUACUGAUAGCCAUCUUCGGUCUUCGCGUGAAGUUCUGGAAAUUAAUACGGACAUUCAUUGGAGUGUUGAUAGUUUGUGGAUGCUAAUAAGGAAAUAUCUUCUUUGGUCUUGUGUUUUUCUUUUUCUCCUCAUCGGCGUUGUUUUCCACUACAAACCCACAGUGGCAACGGGAAAUAUUGAACCGGAUGAAGAGUCAAGUUUGAGCACUCAACCGAUAUCUUCCAAAAGGAAAAAAUCUCGUAAAUCCGGGAAGAACAUAACUGUCUUAGAGGAAAGUCAGCCUUAUGAAAAGGCUGUUAGACGAUGGUUAAAUCUCAAUAGUCUUUUGCAAAGUGAGACCGAUGGACGCACAAUUGGUAAAUUGUUUGUAUCCAAAAGAGAAAUAGCAAAGGGAAGCAAUGGUACUGUUGUAUAUGAGGGAGCUUAUGAUGGCAGGAAGGUGGCUGUGAAACGCUUGGUUCAGGCUCAUCAUGAUGUGGCCUUCAAAGAAAUUCAAAACCUUAUUGCAUCUGACCAUCAUCCGAAUAUUGUUCGAUGGUAUGGCAUGGAGUAUGACAAUGAUUUUGUGUAUCUUUCUCUGGAGUUUUGUUCUUGCAGUUUAUAUGAUCUUAUUGAGUCAUAUGCGGAAUCCUCCCUUCAUUCUAUGACCUUCAAUGACAAAUCGUUGCAUGGAAGCACGGAGUACAAAGUCAGGAUGAACUCUGUAAAGGCCACCAUGCAAGACAUAAAAUUGUGGAAAAGCAAUGGCUAUCCUUCUCCCUUGUUUAUAAAACUUAUGAGGGAUGUGGUUUGUGGCCUUGUUCAUUUGCAUGAUCUGGGAAUAAUUCACCGUGACUUGAAACCACAAAAUGUAUUGAUAAACAAGGAAAUAGCACUCUGUGCAAAGCUGUCUGAUAUGGGGAUUAGCAAGCGGCUUCUUGCAGAUAUGUCUUCUUUAGGUCAUCAUGCUACUGGUAAUGGAAGUUCUGGCUGGCAAGCUCCUGAACAGCUACUUCAUGAACGCCAAACACGGGCUAUGGAUAUGUUUAGCUUGGGUUGUGUCUUUUUCUACUGUGUUACAGGUGGUAGACAUCCUUUCGGUGAUCGAUUUGAGCGGGAUGCCAAUAUAAUCAGGAACAAGAUGGACCUUUUUCUGGUAGAGAAUAUGCCAGAAGCACUGGAACUAUUUUCUCGUUUACUGCAACCAAACCCUGAAAUGAGGCCCACGGCAUUGGAGGUUCUACACCAUCCAUUCUUUUGGGAUUGUGAAAUGCGGUUAUCGUUUCUACAUGACGCUAGUGACAGAGUUGAAUUAGAAGACAGAGAGGCUUAUUCAGAAAUUCUGAAAGCAUUGGAAAGAAUUGCUCCUAUAGCUAUAGGUAAUAAAUGGAAUGAAAAGCUGGAGCCACAAUUUAUCAAUGACAUUGGCCGUUACAGGCGUUACAAGUAUGACAGUGUCCGGGACCUGCUGCGAGUCAUGCGAAAUAAGUUGAAUCAUUAUCGGGAGCUGCCUGCUGAAAUUCAGAGACUUCUGGGACCAGUUCCUGACGGAUUUGAAGAGUACUUCACAAGCAGAUUUCCCAAACUACUGAUUGAAGUGUAUAAGGUGGUAAAUAAGUUCUGCAGAUCUGAAAAAUGGUUUCAGAAAUAUGUUUAAGGCAGUAUGGUUUCAAGUGUGUUGUAGCCUGUACAUACCAGCGUCAGUUUGUUUACUUUUAUCAUCAAAUACUUCAGAUGUAAAUCAAAAUUCCGCCAGCGUCAGUUUCUUUACUUUUAUCAUCAAAUACUUCAGAUGUAAAUAAAAAUUCCGCCAGCGUCAGUUUCUUUACUUUAUCAUCAAAUACUUCAGAUGUAAAUAGAAUUUCCGCUCUCCCUCCAAUAUAUAUAAUAUUUAUAUAUCAGAUGUAAUGUAACGAUUUAAAUGCAGUUAUUCCAAUUGUUUUCAGAA